AUGGCGGUGGCGCUGGCUGCGUCUACCCUCCGGGUCGGGCUGAGGGCUUACGCGCUGCGAGGACGCCCGGCCUGCGGGCUCCGGUGGCAGAGCCAGAGCCAGGAGCCAUUUGCCUACCCUGGCAUAGUGGAGUCCACAGAAGAAUAUGCAUUUGUGGAACGCCUCAUCCCUCCCACUGGCAUCCCGGCGCCCCCCAAACACCAGAGUUACCCCACGCCAAGUGGCUGGCAGCCUCCAAAAGACCCUCCACCCAACCUCCCCUACUUUGUUCGUCGCUCCCGGAUGCACAACGUUCCCGUCUACACUGAGCUCACACAUGGCAACCGACAAAUGACUCUGAUCCGAAAGGUGGAGGGGGACAUUUGGGCCCUGCAGAAAGAUGUUGAAGAAUUCCUGACCCCACUAUUGGGGAAGACACCUGUGACACAGGUCAACGAGGUGACGGGGACCCUGCGGAUCAAAGGCUACUUCGACCAACCUCUCAAAGCCUGGCUCCUGGAGAAGGGCUUCUGAGGCUCUUCUGAUGGCUCGCCACCAUCCCCACAAGGGCCCCUGAGACAGACGGCCCCAGGGAAUGCAUUUCAGUGCCUGAUGACUCCAAGGCCAGUGGGGCCCCUUUGUUUCAGCACCAGCAGCACCCCUGCUGCUCCCCGCUUGUGGCUGAACCCUAUUAGUUCCCUCACUUCUCAGCUGGGAAUCUUUGGGGAUGGCAAAAGACAGCAGAGGCCUUGGCUGGGGGAUGGACAGCCGCUUGGCCUCUGGCCUAGGAACAGUGAUCAGAUUGACCUGAUCCGAGUGCCUUUGGCAAAGGGCAAAGAUGACAGAACAGUAAGGGCCAGGGGGAGGGGCACCACGGCACGCCCUGGCACCAACUUUAAUGCAAGUUUUUAUUUUGGCCGUAUAUACAAUUGAAGCUAUUAAAAUUUGUACAAUAUUUACAAAUUAAAUAAUCUGAAACUGUCUCCA